AAGGAAUUGUUCUUUUGGUUAUUUUUCACGAGAUUUUUCAAAUAGAAUACAUCCAUCAUGGGUAAAAAGAACUCUGAGGACUAUAGCCGAUCAUCUUCAAAAUCGCACAGUCAUAAAUCAACAAAAUCACACAGCAAAUCUCAUCCAUCGAGUGGGAAAGGUUCUCGAUAUGAUCGCUACACUAAUACACCUUUUGGUGAAGACGAAGUUCAGAACAAUGAGGAGAAUGCUUCAACCAUUCCUAUGCCAGUAGCUAUGUGGGACUUUAAGCACUGUGAUCCUAAGCGUUGUUCAGGUGUCAAAUUGGCUCGUUGUAAUAUGUUGAAAACACUCAAAUUAACACAACGUUUCCGUGGCAUUGUAGCAAGUCCUAUAGGAGAAAAAGCAGUUUCACCAGCAGAUAGAAAGAUUGUUGAAAUGUAUGGUGCAGCUGUUGUGGAUUGCUCCUGGGCUCGUGUAGAUGAAGUUCCCUUUACUAAAAUUAGAGGGCCUACGGAUCGGCUAUUACCUUAUUUAGUGGCUACGAACCCAGUGAAUUAUGGUAAACCUUGGAGAUUGAAUUGUGCAGAGGCAUUAGCGGCGAUCUUUUAUAUUACAGGGUAUCCUGAACAUGGAGAAGCUCUCUUGGCAAAGUUUAAAUGGGGACAUGCAUUUGCAAAAGUAAACGGUGGGUUAUUGUCACGCUAUGCAAAAUGUAAAGACUCGACUGAAGUUAUAGCUGUGCAAAACGAGUAUUUGGCUAAAUUGGAAGAAGAUGAACGUCAAAAACAGGAGAAUGCGGUUCAAGCCGAAGAAGGAGAUAGUGACGAUGAUGACAUGUUGUUUAAAAAUACAAACAGAAAUAAUGCAUUCACCGUAUUUGACGAUGAUGAAGAUGAUAGUAAUGACGAAGAGGAGGAAGAGAGUAGCGACGAAGACGACACCAGCUCCGAACAGCAUUCGGAUAGUGACAUAGCUGAUGAAAAUGGCAAUGAUUCAGAAGUGGAAUAUAUUCAAGAUAAACUAGGGAACACACAUAUCCGUCAUAAAUAAUAUUUUUCUAAGUUUGAUAUUGAUAUUUUGUACAAGAUAUUGCCCAAAUAGUAAAGGAUGUGAAGCAAACACAUCUUGAUUUACGACUUGACCUUAAGCAACAGAUUCGCUUACAUACUGUAUAACACUCUUCUGACCAAUAUCUAUUGACUUCUGACAUUAUGGGAGGGGGUUUUUCUUUUGUGCUCGUCUGUCGAAUAACCCAGUUUGUCUUCGUUCCAAGAUAAAGUAUAUAGAGCUUACAAAGUUAUUACGUUGAGUGUGAACAUUACUGCUUUUUUAUGUGUUUUGUUGUUUUUUUCUUUUUCUUUUUUUUGUGGAAAAAGAGAGAGAGAUAAAAU